CGCGGUGCUCCGGGAGGGAGCCGCUCCCUGCGGCUGACUUAGGCCACUGGCCGCGUGGCUUGGUGCCCCGAGUCCUGUCACUCUCCCGGCACCAGUCACCUUCGUCACCCCCGGGGCACUUCGGAAGGAGAAAGAAGGUUUCCCUUUCGCCAAACGCCCGGAGUUUCCAGUCCUGAAGGCUUUGGGUAACUCCGUCCCUGUGACGCAGAAGCUCCGCCCCCUGCUUCCGGGGUUCACUUGGGCCACUGGGUAGCAACUCUGGUUAGACCCAGAGCUGAAGAGCAAAUACGAAUGUAUCGAGGAGUAAAUCAUCUGAACCUUAGUUGUCUGUGCCCUAAUCUUAUUUACUACCUUGUAGAUGAAGUGUCUGUCUAUAUUUUCUUGUGGCAGGCUCCUUGUCUUGUUGAUAAAACUUUUCGGGGACCUUCCCAGAGCACCCAUUAAGAGAGACUUCAGGCAUUUGCUUUUGAUUUGAAAAUCCUGUUUGAUUUUCCCUCUUACUGAUUUACUUGCUAAGAGCGGAGAGUUUCUCACACUGCCCCACAUAUUCCCCAGCACCUUUGAACAAGUGUCUCAGAGUAGGUGCCUAGCCAGGGUUUGUUGGCGAAGCCUCACAGAAAGAAAAAGCCCUUUAUAGAGAAGAAGAAAGCUGUGUCUUUUCACCUGGUCCACCGGAGCCAGCGAGAUCCUUUAGCCGCAGAUGAAACUGCACCCCAGAGGGUUCUCUUGCCUACACAAAAGGUCAAUGACGAGGAAAGACGGGCUGAGCAGAGGAAGUACGGCGUGUUCUUCGACGACGAUUAUGAUUACUUGCAGCACCUGAAGGAGCCCUCUGGGCCCGCAGAGCUUAUCCCCAGCACCUCCUUUGCCACACCCCUCUGCGACAAGACAGAAGACCCCUGCGUAUACUCAAGCACUGGAAUUAAGUUGCCUUCAUCUGUGUUUGCAUCCGAGUUUGAGGAAGAUGUUGGAUUGUUAAACAAAGCAGCUCCAGUUUCAGGACCUCGACUGGAUUUUGAUCCAGACAUCGUUGCAGCUCUUGAUGAUGAUUUUGACUUUGAUGACCCAGAAAACCUCCUUGAAGAUGACUUUAUUCUUCAGGCCAACAAGCCGACAGGAGGAGAGAGGAUGGAUACGGAGUCUGAGGAAGACGAUGGCCAUGAGUGGGAAGACAUGGACGACGAGGAAGGGAGUGAUGACAGGAGCUCUGCAGGCUUUCUGUCAGAUGGAGGUGACCUAUCUGCCCCCGGCUCACCGCAGGAAGCCAUGAAAAAGCACCUGUUUUGGGAAGAGGAAACCAAAAGCCGUUUCACAGAGUACUCCAUGACCUCCUCAGUCAUGAGGAGAAAUGAACAGCUGACUCUACACGAUGAGAGGUUUGAGAAGUUUUAUGAACAGUAUGAUGAUGUUGAAAUUGGAGCUCUGGAUAAUGCAGAAUUGGAAGGUACCAUUCAAGUGGACAGCAAUCGGCUGCAGGAGGUUUUGAAUGACUACUACAAGGAGAAGGCAGAGAAUUGUGUAAAAUUGAGUACUCUUGAGCCUUUUGAGGAUCAAGAUCUGCCAACAAAUGAGCUUGAUGAGUCUGAAAAGGAAGAGACCAUUACUGUAGUUCUUGAGGAAGCCAAAGAGAAGUGGGAUUGUGAAUCCAUUUGCAGUACAUACUCCAAUUUAUACAACCACCCACAGCUCAUCAAAUAUGAACCAAAGCCCAAACAAAUCCACCUGUCGUCUAAGACCGGAAUACCUCUCAAUGUCUUACCUAAGAAAGGCCUCACAGCAAAGCAGGUUGAACGGAUGCAGAUGAUCAAUGGCAGUGACCUACCCAAAGUGUCCACCCAGCCUCGUUCCAAAGAUGAGACCAAAGAGGAUAAAAGAGCCAGGAAGCAAGCCAUAAAAGAGGAGCGGAAGGAACGAAGAGUUGAAAAGAAAGCUAACAAGCUAGCAUUUAAACUGGAGAAAAGAAGACAAGAAAAGGAGCUACUGAACUUGAAGAAAAACAUUGAAGGUCUAAAGCUGUAGGUGUGGGACAUUCAUAUAAGUUAUAUUUCCAUGUCAGCAGUCUUAGUUAUGCUCUGUAAUUAACCAGGAUCUGAAGAGGGGUGAGCUUGCCCCUGCCAUUUUUAUAUGCAAAUAGCUGAGAAAAAUAGACUAUUUGUAUUUUCAUACAAGCGGUUCUCCUGUCAGCUAACUUGUAAAUACUAUAAUGUUGUAAGUUUAAUAUUACACGCUUAUAUUUCCCCUGAAAUAAAUGAUUUCAUGAAAGUCAAAUGUUUGGAUAAACUAAAGGAAAAUGUCUUCAUAACAUGAA